AUGAUCAACUUCCUAAAAUUUUCAAUUGAUAGGAGUCCACCAAGACACCAAGAACAGAUAGCAAGACGAAGUCACAGUCCAGAAGAAACGCAAUACGUUGAAAGGAGAAGUAAUAGUUACGAUAGAGGAUCACCUAGACAACGGUUAUCCCAAUAUUACGAGGAAUACACAAAUGACGAUAGAUACAUACAGAGCCAACAAUACAGGAAUGACGGUAGCGAAGUGUCAUCUGUCCAAGGACCUGAAAAACGAUACACUUGUCCUGCAGCCUCUCACAGGCCACCGUUUACGAGGAGACCAGUUACCAGGAAUUCGAAUAUACUUUCUGCCGUGUUGUGCCUUGUUAAAGAACUGGAUUAUCCUAGUCUGGAAGUGGUAGAGAUGGCAGUCAGAUGUAGGAUGGACGAGUUGGACGAAUGACAUAAGACAUCCAACAAAACGACGGAAGCUGAGGUAGAAGCACAGUAAAAAGAAAGAAAACGAACAAUAAAGCUUUAAUAACAGUAUAACAAUGAGCAUUGUGAAAAAAAAACUAUACAGUAGAAAUAGCUCGGUAUCUGGCUGUAGACGUGGAUAUUUCAA